AUGGAAAAACUUCAAAGUAUAUUAUUACGCCCUGAGAUCGCUAACGCUUUAAAAUAUUGUACGAAUAAAAAAGAAGUAUCUGAACUUAUAAAUUCAACUGUACAAGAGAUAAUAAAAACUCGGACAAUUUCUUAUCCUCCUAAAACUGUAUUAAGGUUAUUAAAUGAAGAUGAGAAAUUUCUUAGUACAGGUGAUAAACAGAUUGAUAGAAUUCUUGGUGGAGGUAUCUUAUCAAAGGGAAUUACAGAAAUUGUAGGUGAGAGUUCAGUGGGUAAAACACAAUUGAGUUUACAACUUUGUUUAACGGUUCAAUUACCAAAGGAAAUGGGUGGACUGAAUGGAGGAGUGGUUUACAUUUCCACCGAAAAAAGUUUUCACCUAAAACGUUAUUAUCAAAUGAUUCCAUUAUUCCAACAACAAUAUAGUUGUAUGAAGGAAGUAGAUUUGGCCAAAAAUGUUCAUUGCGUGACAGUUUCAAAUCUAGAAACGCAGAGAAAUGUUCUUUUUCAUCAAUUACCUAUUCUUCUUUCUAGCAACAAUAUACGAUUAAUAAUUAUUGAUUCUAUAACAGCAAAUUUUCGUGGUGGUUUUGAAACAAAAGAAUUUAUGAAUCUUCGUCGACGAUCAUCAGAAAUUUAUCAAAUAGGUAUUAAAUUAAAGGAAAUAAGUGAUAAAUUUAAUGUACCUAUUGUUUGUGUAAAUCAAGUAUUGGAUAAUUUCACAUCAAUGAAUACCGAUGAAAAUUAUUUUAAUGAAGAAGUAAAAGAACAUUAUGAGUAUAAUCAUUAUCAAAAACAAUUAUUAAUAAUGGGUGGAGAUGGAACGAAAAAAAUUCCAGCUUUAGGAUUAACAUGGUCUAAUACGAUAAAUGUAAGAAUAGUACUUUCUAGACCGAAGCGAAUUUUGUCAGAAGGAAGUAAUAAUGACAAUAAGAAUCCAAGAACUAUUGCAUUAAUAAUGGCACCAUAUGCACCUAGACGUUUUGGAGAAUAUUAUAUUGAUUCAAGUGGAAUACAGCUCUUAACCCCUCAGAUGAUGAGUGGUAGUGUAGGAUACAUUGGAUCCAAAAUUAGUUUAAUUUCACGUUCAGAUAUAAGAUAUGUCGGGAUCCUUCAUUCCAUAAAUUCUACCGACUCGACUGUAGCACUUGAACAAGGUCGUCGAGGAAAUUCUUCAGAGGAAAUUCCUCCCUCCGACAAUGUAUUUGAAUAUAUAGUAUUUAGGGGUUCAGACGUAAAAGAUUUACACGUAUGCGAAGCUCCAGCGCAACAACAAUCUAUCACCCCUCAAGUUCCAAAUGAUCCUGCAAUUCUUGGGGUGAGAUUUCGGUUUGCUCCACCACCACCAUUAGGUGUACAACCACCACCUAACUUUACUGGGGCUUCUUUGAAUCCUUUCUAUUUACAACAACUCAAUAAUCUCUCCGAAAGUACUGCUAAAGAAGCUGAACAGCCAAAGUCACAACAACAGAAAGAACAUGGUGCACCAGACAAGGUAGAAGACCACAAAACGGAUAAACAAGCCACAGCACUGAAAAAUUUCGUCAAGACGGGAACUAGCACACGGUCCACCGCGUCAACGUCAACAUCCAAUAACACUAGAAUUGAAAAUACGAAAGAAGCACCGUCAUCGUCAACGGCUGUGGCGGUAGAAAAUCUAGCUAAAAAAGUUAGUGAAUUAAGUAUAACUCCAAAAGAAACUAAUGGGGAUAAACCAGGAGUUGUAAACAACAACCGAUCUACUCCCAGUAAUAAUAGGCUUCCUGGUAUGGGCGGUCAUUUAGUUCAACAAAAUCGUAGAGCUCGUGGAGGUAGAAGAAAUUUCAAUCCAAACUAUGAUCGUAAUAGGAUUCCGGUUCCACAAUCAGACUUCGAUUUUGAAUCUUCGAAUGCUAAGUUUAAUAAGGAUGAACUCGUUAAAGAAGUUGUUAAGAAAAUAGUUCCUAACCAUGAAAUUAAGGAUGAUGAAAGUUCAGAUAAUAAUACACUUGGAUUAGAAGAGGAAGAAGAAGAUAUUUUGAUACCACCUGCCGAAAGUUAUUAUGAUAAAGCGAAAUCAUUUUUUGAUAAUAUUUCUUGUGAGACAAAGGAACGUUUGGAACAACAAGGUCCCGAUGGACGUCGUGGAUUAUCUGUUGCAGAACGACGACAAAAACAAUCAGAAGAAAGGCGUCUCAACCUUGAAACCUUUGGACAAGUUUCUAUUGAUGGUGGAAGAUAUCGUGGAGGUUAUCGUAGUCGUGGUUAUCGAGGAAGUGGUAGAGGGGGUUACCGUGGUGGUCGUGGUAAUAGUGGAUAUCGUGGAGGAUAUUCUAACAAUUAUCGAGGGAAUAAUUAUAGGGUUAUUUGGACAGAAGAAAUGGAACAAAAAUUAUGGGAAAUUCUUACUUUAAAUAAACGAUCAAAUAUAGAUUGGAAUGCAGCCUCUAGACUAUUGAAUGUUCCAGUACCAUAUCUUUUACGAUAUGCGGCUUUUUUAUAUGAAACUCAACUUCGGGGAGUUCAGAUGCAAUUACGUUUAGGUGAAGCAAUGAGUAGUAGUGGUACCUUGAGCAGUCGUAACAGAGCUCCAAGUUUAGGUACUGGAUAUCAAAGGCCAAAUUCAGCCUUAUCGAAUCAUAGUAGAGAACAUUAUAUGACAUCGCGUGGUGUUUCUGUAGGAUCACAAGAGAUGGUACGAAAUGGUAGUAAUACAAGUUUAUCGGAUGGUCGAAAACCUACAAAUGGGUCAACAUCAUCAUCUAUUAAUAAUGAAGCUGGAAUAUCUUCUCAAUCAUCAUCUUCAGUUUCAACUAUAACUACAAUUGAUUUAAUACCGAAACAGACCACCCAAUUUAUUCAAGUUACUCAAGCCACUCAACCUACUCAAGUUACUUCUAAAUUAGAAAAUUUAACAAGUUUGGAAUCUUCUUCAACAACAAAUUCAUUCGUAACUCCAGCAGCAUCAUUAUCAUUAUCACCUAGAAUUCAUAUAUCAAAUGAGAAUCAAGAAACUUCUUCAACUUCAAAAAAUAGUAUUAUUCAUAGUGUUUACUCUGAUUUAAUUGGGGAUGACGAAAGUGAUAAUGUGAAUGAUAAUUCAUUAAGUUUGAGAUUAGCGGAAUUAACCAAACAGAGUGUAGCAGCAUUUUUACCUUCGGUUUCAAUACCUGACGAUGAUGUAACAUCAAAUUUAAGAGAAGUCACAGAAAUUUUUGAUCCAAUAAAAACCAAAGUUCCUAUUAUUGAUAAUUUACAAAAUAUUAUUAAGUCGGGUUCAAGUUCAAGCAAUUUGGGACUUCAACCGACAAAUAAACAAAUUACAGCGGCAGAUUCCCAACAAUCCUUAAGUGCCAAUGAUUCAGCAAAUUCUUCUUCAUCUCUUAGUGAUAUUGAUUCAUUAACACAAUCAGAAUUAGAAAAUGCAUAUUUGGAAGAUACAAAUUUUAAUAAUUCUAAGAUUAGAAAGAGUUCAUAUUAUCCAGGCCCAUAA